AUUCUAUACAAAUAUCUGUAUUCCAGAUGGAGCAGCUAUCAGAUGAAGAAGUUGACCAUGGUGCUGAAGAAGACAGUGACAAGGAAGAUCAGGACCUGGACAAAAUGUUUGGAGCCUGGCUGGGGGAGCUAGACAAACUCACCCAGAGUUUGGAUUCUGACAAGCCCACAGAACCAAUAAAAAGAUCUCCUCUUCGCCAGGAAACAAACAUGGCCAAUUUUUCUUAUCGCUUCUCUAUAUACAACUUGAAUGAAGCUCUGAAUCAGGGAGAAACUGUGGACCUGGAUGCCCUAAUGGCUGAUCUUUGCUCGAUAGAGCAGGAGCUCAGUAGUAUAGGUGCAGGAAAUAGUAAGCGUCAAAUCACAGAAACAAAAGCCACUCAGAAAUUGCCUGCUAGUCGACAUUCGUCAAAACAUGGCACUUUGAAAGGACUGUCUUCCUCAUCUAAUAGGAUAACUAAGCCGUCACAUGCCAACUACUCCCUGGAUGACAUCACUGCACAGUUAGAACAGGCCUCCCUGAGCAUGGAUGAGGCCGCUCAGCAAUCUGUACUAGAAGACAGUAAGCCCUUAGUAGCUAAUCAGCACCGGAGAACAGCAUCAGCGGGCACAGUGAGUGAUGCUGAAGUACACUCGGUCAGUAACUCCUCUCGUUCAAGCAUCACUUCCGCAGCCUCCAGCAUGGACUCUUUGGAUAUUGAUAAAGUAACACGCCCUCAGGAACUGGAUUUGACACAUCAGGGGCAGCCCAUUACUGAGGAAGAACAGGCAGCAAAAUUGAAAGCUGAGAAGAUCAGAGUUGCACUAGAGAAAAUUAAAGAGGCACAAGUGAAAAAGCUGGUGAUUAGAGUUCACAUGUCUGACGACAGUUCUAAAACAAUGAUGGUGGACGAGAGGCAGACAGUGAGACAAGUGCUGGAUAACCUGAUGGACAAAUCCCACUGCGGUUUUAGUUUAGACUGGUCGCUGGUGGAGACUGUCUCUGAGUUACAAAUGGAGAGAAUCUUUGAAGACCAUGAAAACUUGGUGGAAAAUCUUCUUAACUGGACAAGAGAUAGUCAAAACAAGCUUAUAUUUAUGGAGCGAAUAGAAAAAUAUGCACUUUUCAAAAACCCACAGAAUUAUCUUCUGGGGAAAAAAGAAACAGCUGAGAUGGCAGAUAGAAACAAAGAAGUGCUGUUGGAGGAGUGUUUUUGUGGAAGUUCUGUAACUGUACCAGAAAUUGAGGGAGUCCUUUGGUUGAAAGAUGAUGGCAAGAAGUCCUGGAAAAAGCGUUAUUUUCUCUUGCGAGCAUCUGGUAUCUACUAUGUCCCUAAAGGAAAAACAAAGGUAUCUCGGGAUCUCGUGUGUUUUCUCCAGCUGGAUCACGUCAAUGUUUAUUAUGGACAGGACUAUCGAAACAAAUACAAAGCACCUACUGACUAUUGUCUGGUGCUCAAGCACCCACAGAUCCAGAAGAAGUCUCAGUAUAUCAAAUACCUUUGUUGUGAUGAUGUGAGGACCCUGCACCAGUGGGUCAAUGGUAUCCGCAUUGCAAAGUACGGGAAGCAACUCUACAUGAACUAUCAAGAAGCCUUGAAGAGGACAGAGUCGGCUUACGACUGGACUUCCUUAUCCAGCUCCAGCAUUAAAUCAGGAUCCAGUUCUUCCAGCAUCCCAGAGUCUCAGUCCAAUCACUCCAAUCAGUCUGAUAGUGGAGUGUCUGACACGCAGCCGGCAGGACACAUCCGUUCCCAGAGCAUCGUGAGCUCCAUCUUCUCCGAGGCCUGGAAACGAGGCACACAGCUGGAAGAGUCCAGCAAGGCGAGAAUGGAGUCUAUGAAUCGACCCUACACUUCACUCAUGCCCCCUCUAUCCCCACAGCCUAAGCUAGUGACCCCCUACACUGCCUCACAGCCCUCGCCGCCCCUACCGCCCCCCCCACCGCCCCCUCCUCCUCCCCCCUACAGCACAAUAACCAGGCUGCAGAACGCCUCUCAGCUUUCAGGGCCCCUGUUUAAGCCUCCCCCGCCCUCAGUGAUGCAGCCUCUGUCCUCCACCUCACAGUCAGUAAAGCCUCAGAUCCUGGUGCCCCCCAGCGGAGUUGUCCCCCCACCGCCUCCCCCUCCCCCACCCCCUACCCCUGGCUCGGCUAUGGCCCAGCUGAAACCCGCCCCCUGCGCCCCUUCCCUUCCGCAGUUCAGCCCCCCACCGCCUCCACUGAAGAUCCAUCAUGUUCAGCACGUCACUCAGACAGCUCCUUCAGCACCCCCUCCACCUCCUCCCAUCCCCGCACCCCUCCCUCCUCAAGCCCCCCCCAAACCCCUUGUGACCUUGCCCCCACCAGUCAGCACCAAGACUGUGCCACCCGCCGUGACACAGGCUGUGCCACCUACACCUCCUCCUCCAGUCCCCCCAGCAAAAAAGCAGCCAGCUUUUCCUGUUUCUCACGUUCCACCCUCUCCUCCUGCUCCUCCUGGUCCAGUUCCCCCGCCCACGUUACCCAAGCAACAGAGCUUCUGUGUAAAACCACCUCCCUCUCCGCUGUCUCCGGUGCCCUCCAUGGUGAAGCAGCUAGCCAGCCAGUUUCCGCCCCCUCCAACCCCUCCUCCCUUGGAGGCGCAGCCCUUAAAGCCCGCCUCAGCCACUGUCACCCCGCAGUCCCCCCCUGCUGUGAAAGCGAAACUCAAGUGGCAGCCCAGCUCCAUCCCUGUCCCGUCCCCGGACUUCCCUCCUCCUCCUCCCGAGAGCAGCCUGGUGUUUCCUCCUCCUCCUCCUCCUCCUCCACCACCCGCCCCAGUCCCCCCACCACCACCGACAGCCACACCCACAGCUGCUCCCGCCCCAGACAAAGGUGGCUCUCCGGGCAAAAAGACCAGUAAGACGUCCAGCCCCGGGGGAAAGAAACCUCCUCCAACCCCACAGCGGAACUCCAGCAUUAAGUCCAGCAGUUGUGCAGAGCACCCUGAGCCCAAGAGACCUUCCGUAGACAGUCUAGUCAGCAAGUUUGCAUCGCCAGCAGAACCCUCGGGGUCUCCCAGCAAGGAGACACCACCACCUCCUGCAGCGCCCCCUAAACCUGGAAAACUGAAUCUUUCCGGAGUUAACCUUCCCGGAGUUCUCCAACACGGGUGUGUGUCAGCAAAAGCGCCUGUUCCACUGAGUGGGCGUGGAAAGGACUCUGUGGUAGAAUUUCCUUCUCCUCCAUCCGAUUCUGACUUUCCGCCCCCUCCACCUGAGAUAGAGCUUCCUCUGCCCCCCGUAGAGAUUCCAGCAGUAUUCUCGGGAAGCACCUCUCCCAAAGUGGCAGUUGUUAAUCCUCAACCACAGCCCUGGUCCAAAGCGUCCGUGAAGAAGGCCCCUCCGCCCACGCGACCCAAACGAAAUGAUAGCACCCGCCUCACUCAAGCCGAGAUCUCUGAGCAGCCAGCAAUGGCCACAGUUGUGCCGCAAGUGCCCACCUCUCCCAAAUCCAGCCUUAGCGUCCAGCCUGGAUUCCUGGCCGACCUCAACAGGACACUGCAGCGGAAGUCCAUCACCCGGCAUGGCUCGCUCUCCUCCUCCCGCGUGUCCAGAGCAGAACCCACAGCCACCAUGGAUGAUAUGGCAUUGCCCCCGCCACCCCCCGAACUGCUUUCUGACCAACAGAAGGCCGGGUAUGGAGGCAGUCACAUAUCAGGCUAUGCAACAUUGCGGAGAGGACCGCCUCCUGCUCCCCCUAAAAGAGACCAGAACACCAAGCUGUCCAGAGAUUGGUAACUGCCAGAGGACUUUUAUUUUCGUGGGAUCUGUAAUCAGUUCUACAAUCAGCUCACCUGAUCAUCUAUGAAUUCAGGUGUUCAGAGCCUCCUGGUAUGAUGUUGUUAUUCAGGUAGCGUUAGCUGUGUGUGUGUGUGCAUACAUUGUGUACACACAUAGCUAUACAUAUAUAGAUUGUGUGUAUAUAUAUGUAUACAUAUAAGUAUAUGUAUAUAUAUAGCUGAAAGUGAUUCUAUUUAUUCCUUUUCUCUCCUAAUCUGAAAAUGGGUUUUGUGUAUUUUGGGUGGCAGAGGCAUGGAAGGGAACGUGUGUCCUGUCCCUUAUGAUUUCUAUUAUCUAUCAUGUGGAUUGGACCAAAAACUUAUUUAGAAGGUAUUUUAUAAAAGUCCAUGUGCGGCCUAUCUGUGCAUGCUGUGUAUUAUAUAUUAAGAAUAGAUGUAUAAUGUGCUAUUUCUCAGUUUGAGAAGACAGCCAGAAUGUUUGGUGUAGAGGGGCUUUUGUGUUUGUUUUUUCCCCAGUUGACUAAAGUUAGAACUGCUUGACUGACACUUCAUUACUAUACAUAAAGGGGCACUUUAUUCAGGAAAACCUCUCAGCUUCACAGAAGGGGUAAUAGUGCAUAUGGGGGAAUUUUCACACACACUGUCUGUACGUGAUUGUGCACAGAAAGUAAAUACACGGUGUAACUAAACCAUUCUAGUUGCAGUACUGGUGCAAUGAUGCCACCCGAGUCUAGGAUGUGGUCUGUCGCAGGUAAGCUCUUCGCCUGUAAUACAUGGAUAAUUUAGUACUAUAAUCCUGGAUAGUUUUUUGUACGGUUGGAAUCCUUUUCUUGAGCUUGUGAAGCUUCAAGUUAGGCUUCAUGUUUCUUGCUUUGAUUUAUUGUAAGAGAAUAUCUGACACAAUACCCUUGGAAUGCUCUGUCCCAGUUAUGUCUCUGGGUCACCAGUUACCUUCCUAUAGUGUGUGCCGUAGGUAGAUGUUGUGUUAGGUGUCUGUGGACAAUUGCUGUAUCAAAUAUACACAUCCUCUGCCCAAUAUGUUGCAUCAUUAUGAAAAACUAAAUCACCUUCUCAAAUGCAUUUGUGUAUUGCUCUCUAGAAGGAUGGGUGAUUAGAAAAUAGAACAAAACUGGCCCCGUGCAGCUGUCAUUAAUCAGACUGUAGAUUGUAAUGUGAAAUACAAAGAAUUCAUUUAAAUGUGGGACUGUCAUAGAGGGAGGGGGGAAAAAUAAAUGAGCUUUUUGACAAUUUCUUCCCUAGCUACUGCAGCACACUAGGGUCCUUGCUGCUUGUAGCCUGGUUGUAGAGUUUGUCUAGGUUACCAGGUGUUCUGAUGGCAUAGUGUAGUCCAGGCACAGUAAAUGACAUUACAUAUUAUGCAUAUGCAGUUUGGUGUAACUUGGAAUCAUUGCUCUAAUGACACACUCUAAUUCUGUAUGCCUCACACUAUACUUUUAUAUGCUUUUUUUUCCCCCUGUGAAUUUUCCUUGUUAUAUGAGAGAAAUCAAUGUGUGAUGAUAAAUUGACUGUUAGGAAUCAAAUGCAAUCUCAGAGCUGCUCUUAAAGCAGAGAAUAAAAACUAGCCUCCCUAGCAAUGAUAAACGAGCACGCCUUGUAAUGAAAAGUCUGUGCCUGUUGUGAAUAGGGAUUACCAGUGUGAACUGCAAAAACCUUUGACACAAUCCCCUAAGGAAAAAAUGAUGCCAGUACAGUGGGGCAGAGAAAGCAAGUAAUUCGAGAAUAAACAAAUCUGUACUGUGUA